AUGCUGAGAGCUGCCUACUCAGACAAGAGACACGCGAGGUCAGGAAGAAGCCGCUUAUAGAUUACCGCUUCCUCCGCGCCGCCGCCAGCGCCGAGCUCCGGGCCCCGGCCGCAGAACCGCUCGCUGGCCGGCGCCGAGCCCCGAGGACCGCGAGCCCAGAGCCCGAACCGCGCCGAGAAGGAGCGCGGCGCGCCGACCCCGCGGGCCGGAGACCCAGCGGGCGGGCAGUCGGCGGCGACUGGGACCGAGCGCAGCCGAGCGCAGCGCCACGGCCACCCCAGUGCCUCGGACACAGUGGGCGCCAGUGUGAGCCUGUUGAGCGUGGGGGCCCCAACGCAGCAAUGAGCUUGUCUGCCUUGAGGGACGGGGAGCUCUGCACGUGGCGGGGCCUGUGUUGCUGAGUCUGAGGAAGAAGUUCCAAGUGGCAGGGCUACAGUAAGCCGGGAUCAACAGCCCUUUCUGAGGAGCCUCCAAAACCGAGGAGCCCUACAGCUACAAGGUGGAAGAUAUUUCCUCCUACACUGAGUGUCCCCAGAGUCCUGAGCACUGAAUGUUCCAUCUGGCAAAUACUCACAGCGCUGAGCCUCGUCCUGGGUGUCGGGAAGCAGGCCCUGGGCGACAGAGGAGUAAGCAGAUAAUCAGCAGGGGCUGAAAGUGAGGAGAUGGCCAGCAAGGAGAAGCUGCAGUGUCUGAAAGACUUUCACAAGGACAUCCUGAAGCCGUCCCCAGGGAAGAGCCCGGGCACACGGCCUGAGGAUGAGGCCGAAGGGAAGCCCCCGCAGAGGGAGAAGUGGUCCAGCAAGAUCGACUUUGUGCUGUCUGUGGCUGGCGGCUUCGUCGGCUUGGGCAACGUCUGGCGUUUCCCGUACCUGUGCUACAAAAAUGGUGGAGGUGCAUUUCUCAUACCAUACUUUAUUUUCCUGUUUGGGGGCGGCCUGCCUGUGUUUUUCCUGGAGGUAAUCAUAGGCCAGUACACCUCUGAAGGGGGCAUCACCUGCUGGGGAAAGAUCUGCCCCUUGUUCUCUGGCAUCGGCUAUGCCUCCAUUGUGAUCGUGUCCCUUCUGAAUAUAUACUACAUCGUCAUCCUGGCCUGGGCCAUAUAUUACCUGUUCCAGUCCUUCCAGUCGGAGCUGCCCUGGGCGCACUGCAACCACAGCUGGAACACGCCCCAGUGCAUGGAAGACACUUUGCGCAAGAACAAGAGCCUGUGGGACACUCUCAACACCAGCAACUUCACCUCCCCUGUCACUGAGUUCUGGGAGCGCAACGUGCUCAGCUUGUCCUCUGGAAUCGACCACCCGGGCUCUCUGAAGUGGGACCUUGCUCUCUGCCUUCUCUUCGUCUGGCUCAUCUGUUUCUUCUGCAUCUGGAAGGGCGUCAAGUCCACGGGGAAAGUCGUCUACUUCACGGCUACUUUCCCGUUUGCUAUGCUCCUGGUGCUGCUGAUCCGUGGACUGACGCUGCCCGGCGCGGGCGCAGGCAUCAAGUUCUACCUGUACCCCGACCUCAGCCGCCUGGAGGACCCACAGGUAUGGAUUGAUGCUGGGACCCAAAUUUUCUUCUCCUAUGCCAUCUGCUUGGGGGCCAUGACCUCGCUGGGGAGCUACAACAAGUACAAGUACAACUCCUACAGGGACUGUAUGCUGCUGGGAUGCCUGAACAGUGGUACCAGUUUUGUGUCUGGCUUCGCAAUUUUUUCCAUCCUGGGCUUCAUGGCACAAGAGCAAGGGGUGGACAUUGCUGAUGUGGCUGAGUCAGGUCCCGGCCUGGCCUUCAUUGCCUACCCUAAAGCCGUGACCAUGAUGCCGCUGCCCACCUUCUGGUCCAUUCUUUUCUUUAUCAUGCUGCUCUUGCUUGGCCUGGAUAGCCAGUUUGUGGAAGUCGAAGGACAGAUCACGUCCUUGGUUGAUCUUUACCCAUCCUUCCUAAGGAAGGGUUUCCGUCGGGAGAUCUUCAUCGCCUGCAUAUGUAGCAUCAGCUACCUGGUGGGGCUGACGAUGGUGACAGAGGGUGGCGUGUAUGUGUUCCAGCUCUUUGACUACUAUGCAGCUAGUGGUGUGUGCCUUUUAUGGGUUGCAUUCUUCGAAUGUUUUGUUAUUGCCUGGAUAUAUGGCAGUGAUAACUUUUAUGAUGGUAUUGAGGACAUGAUCGGCUAUCGGCCUGGGCCGUGGAUGAAGUACAGCUGGGCCGUGGUCACUCCGGUUCUCUGUGUUGGAUGCUUUAUCUUCUCUCUCGUCAAGUACGUACCUCUGACCUACAACAAAGUCUAUGUGUACCCCACCUGGGCCAUCGGGCUGGGCUGGAGCCUGGCCCUGUCCUCCAUGGUGUGUGUCCCCUUGGUCAUGGUCAUCCGCCUCUGCCAGACGAAAGGGCCAUUCCUUGUGAGACUCCAGUACCUGCUGACCCCGAGGGAACCCAACCGCUGGGCUGUGGAGCUCGAGGGGGCCACACCCUACAAGUCCCGCACGGCGGCCAUGAACGGCGAUCUCAUGAAACCCACCCACAUCCUAGUGGAGACCAUGAUGUGAGCGCUCGCUGGCCGAUGGGCUGCUCUCCUGCUGUUUACUAACGUUAGAUUCCCAUAGGACCAGGUUUACAGAGCUUUGUAUUUGCACUAGGAUUUUUUUUUUAAUUGUCACAAAAAACGUUAUCAUGUGUGUGUGUGCGCGUGUGUGCGGUGUCGUUCAUACAUGUAUUUUGAAUUGGGGAUAUUUUGUACAAAAAGAAAACCCACAGGCAGAUGUGCGGGGCGAGGCAGAACUUUCUUACUGAAUUAGAUGUAUUUUAUGGGAACUUGGUAAAUUUUUCUUGGUAUUUUUUUUUACAUACAACUAUAUAUACACUUAGAGACUGUCAUACACUUUUACCACUUGAAUCGAUCCUGCCAGCAAUAGGUCUCGUUUUUAAAAGCAAUUCUUCGGUGCUUGUGUCGGUGGCAGAAUGUUCUGCCCCAGAAAACGCAGGGUGGAGUUUUCCGGGGGCGGCAGACCCAUCUUGAAGGUGUGUACCACCUUCCAACCUGGUUCCAGUAGGAGCAGACACAGGGCGGGGGGCCCAUCAGCGGACCAGACCCAGAGGGGCUGGAGAAAGGUCGGCCGCCAGGAGACGCCUCGUUACACUCAUCGCUGCCGAGAAGAGAGAAGCCGGAUUAAGGAAGCAGCCGCGCGAAAGCGGGGACGGACUGCAAGCCCACGGAUGCGGCCGACAGCAGGAGUCCGCUUCUAGGAGCAGGAGAAACCUCGGCACCAGGAGCAAAGUCCAGCCUUUUGUUCUGAGACCGAGAGUGGGUAGCCAGAGGGACUGGAAGGAGCGUGAGAACUGUUCAUCCGGGAGGAGCAGCGAGAGCUCCGAGAGGGCAGGCUCCGGCCUCGGAGCCCCCUGAGGCUGACCGCCAGCCGCAGCCCUUCCUGGGGCAUCCCCGGGGGAGCUGGCGCCCUGGGGCUGAGCCUCCCCGGACGGCCUGUGGCAUUUCAGUGGGCUCCUGUCAGGUUCUGGCGUUCCCCAGCUGACGUCUGGAAGCUGCCUGUAGGAGGGAAGCGUGGCGCAUCUGGGGAGGGACGACGGGGGAGGGUGUGGACCCAAGGGUGC